AUGACUGAGCCAUCCAGGCCCGAGUUCGAGAUCCUCGAUAACCGAGGUAAGGAAUAUCACCGAUGGGUGUCAGAUGUGAUGAAUAUGUUCAUCGGCAAGCGAUUGACAACCACCAUCUUUACGCCGCCGAAUGGCCCUCAAGCAAGUGACGAGGCCAAGACACAAGCCCUCAUGUUUCUAAGGCGCCACAUUCAUCCAACUCUGAAGAAACAAUACUUGAAAAGGGAAGACCCCAAAGAUUUAUGGGAUGUCUUGAAGCAACGCUUCAACAACGUACAUGAUGUACUCAUUCCAGAGUUGACUACUCGUUGGGAAUCCAUUAGACUAAUGGAUUUUGCUAAAGUUGAGGAUUACAACCAAGCUAUGUUAGACCUCAAAGCAGAAUUAAGCUUUUGUGGCGUCAACAAGACUGACAAAGAGAUGAUUGAGAAGACUUUGUACACUUUCAGUCAUCGAUGA